CCUGUCCCUCCGUGCGCGCGCGGACCGGCCGCCAAGGCCGGCACCCUCGCCGUCGCCCGGGCCGGGCGGCCGCCAUUCCCGUGUCGCUGCGCCCGCGGGGGCCUGCCGGGCCUGCCGCCAUGCCGCUGGGCCUGAAGCCCACCUGCAGCGUCUGCAAGACCACGUCGUCCUCCAUGUGGAAGAAGGGCCCGCAGGGGGAGAUCCUGUGUCACCACUGCACGGGCCGGGGCGGCGCGGGCGGCGCGGGCGCGGGGCCGGCGGGCGGCCCGGGGGGCGGCCUGGGCGCGGCCACCUUCGCCAGCACCUCGGCAGCCCCUCCGCAGAGCAACGGGGGCGGCGGCGGCAAGCAGAGUAAGCAGGAAAUCCACCGGCGGUCGGCCCGGCUUCGGAACACCAAGUACAAAUCCGCCCCGGCCGCGGAGAAGAAGGUGUCCACGAAAGGAAAAGGGAGGAGACACAUCUUCAAGUUAAAAAAUCCCAUCAAGGCUCCAGAGUCGGUUUCCACCGUCAUCACGGCCGAGUCCAUCUUCCACAAGGGUGUGUAUUACCAGAUUGGCGAUGUGGUCUCCGUGAUUGACGAGCAGGAUGGAAAGCCCUACUACGCCCAGAUCAGGGGUUUCAUCCAGGACCAGUACUGUGAGAAGAGCGCCGCUCUGACAUGGCUGCUCCCCACCCUCUCCAGCCCCAGGGACCACUUUGACCCUGCGUCCUAUAUCAUCGGGCCAGAAGAAGAUCUGCCAAGGAAGAUGGAAUACCUGGAAUUCGUUUGUCAUGCACCGUCUGAGUAUUUUAAGUCCCGGUCAUCACCAUUUCCCACAGUUCCUACCCGGCCGGAGAAGGGCUACAUAUGGACUCAUGUUGGACCUACUCCUGCAAUAACUAUUAAGGAAACCAUUGCCAACCACUUGUAGUUUACAACUGAAAGUAGGCUCGUGUCUGCUGUGACCAGGAGGCUGCUGGCUGGGAAGCCUGUGUCUCGUCUCAGAGCACCUGGGGCCGAGGGCUCCGCUCACAUUCCAGCUUGGUGCCAAAUGUGCGUCUCGGAAGGGAGUAGGUGGCAGCUCAGCAAGCUCCGACCCUGGCACCAGGGUGGGCAGACCUGGAAGGAGCGCUGCCCUCCUGGGCUGUCUUGGCCCAGCCCUGGCCACUGUGGGCAUCUGGGGAGUGAGCGGUAGGUGGGCGCUCCUCCCUGGCAGGUCUGUCUCAAGAGGAAAAAUGGAGCUGGAUUUUUAGCCUUUGUGUAUUUAUACUAUUAUAAGCUAUACUACAGGUUGUUUUCAAUGAAAUUUUUAGCUGGAAGGGUGAUUGAGGCUUUUCCUUACUAUCCAGUAAUGAUUAUUGUCUAUAUUACUGGCCAUUCGGAGAAUUAAGAAUGGAAAAGAAUGAAAUAUGCUUUGGGGUUAAUUACUGCCUUCUGUGUGUGUUCUCAGACACAGGGUGAAGUGCCAGGGGGACCAUUAAGGGCAGGUAGUAUUUAUUUUUUCCUCCAUAAUUUAUUCCUAGAAGCUCAUAAAAUGGGAUUGUAUUUUUCUAUAAGAACAAAAUAUUAUGGUUUAGAUUUCUGACCAAGGUCUUGGCUACAUAAAAUGUCGCUGUGACCAGCAGUGUCUAUGCUGAAGCCAUGCAGGCCUUCUUUUCUGAUGCAGAAGAUGCUAGGGUUGGUUUCUGGCUGCUUCAGCCACAAGCAGAGGGACUGGGGCUGAUUGCACAGCCUGGUCUUUUUAAAACUUGCAACAGGCAUUCAGAGUCCUUUGGUGGAAUUUAAUAGAGCUGUGCUUGUUCCCCGCGCUCCGGCAGAGCCAGGCUGCCAGGCAGCCCCCAUGGCAGCGUACGGAGGGCGGACUGCACAGGUCUCACCUGGGACUCAUAAAAUGAGUUGGAACAAGUGGUGCUCACUGCAGUGUUAGGAGGUCUGUAGCACUGACGUCUCCAGAAAGCCUGUCCUUAAGUGAAGGCCUUUGCUGUGGACACAGCCUGGACCAGGCAGGCGUGUAGUACAGAGUGUCCAGAAUUCAGGUCUUAGUGCAAGGGCAUGGCAGUUAAGUAAGGGAGCUGCAGCCCUGCUGAAGUGUGAAGUGGGGGUGGCCAUGUCUGUCUCCUGUCCUUGUUUAGUCUCAGGACAGUUGGCUGGGGUCUCAUCACGAUGGCCUGGAGCUGAGGCGCCUUAAAUAACCUGCUGUUUGGGGAAGGAGCAACUGUAGACAGCUCACGUCUAUUCAUAGCAGCUGUGGUAAAAUGAACUGUAAGUACCAUUGUAAAUAGGGUUCCAAAUGGUUUCUGAAUGAUAAUGUUCACAAUUUUGGAUUAAAAUGUGUUUUUCACCAAG